CUCGGUAUCACUCACCAUCAGACAACGGGAGUCACCGGCGCUGCUGAACACACUCGGUUUCUCACCCGACGCAAACGUUAAACUGCUCGGUGAAACGCUGCUUGUAGGAGCGUCGUGUCAGCGAAACGACAUGGGGGACCGAGUGGCUUUACUGCUGCUGGCGGUAGCGGCUUCGGCUCUGACUGCCGAGGUGCCUACAGAUGUUUCUAUGGGUCUGUUGGCAGAGCCCCAGGUGGCCAUGUUUUGCAGUAAACUCAACAUGCACAUCAACGUGCAGAGCGGCAAGUGGGAGCCAGACCCCUCAGGCACCAAGAGCUGCAUCGGCACCAAGGAGGGCAUCCUGGAGUACUGCCAGGAGGUGUACCCAGAGCUCCAGAUUACCAACGUGGUGGAGGCCAACCAGCCAGUCAGCAUCCAGAACUGGUGCAAGAAGGGGCGCAAGCAGUGUCGCAGUCACAUGCACAUCGUUGUGCCCUACCGCUGCCUGGUGGGAGAGUUUGUGAGCGACGCCCUGCUCGUUCCUGACAAGUGCAAGUUCCUGCACCAGGAGCGCAUGGACCAGUGUGAGAGCCACCUGCACUGGCACACUGUAGCCAAGGAGUCCUGUGGAGACCGCACCAUGAAUCUCCAUGAUUAUGGGAUGCUGUUGCCGUGCGGCAUCGACCGUUUCCGAGGAGUGGAGUUUGUGUGCUGUCCCGCUGAGGCGGAGCGUGACGCCGACAGUGCUGAACAGGAUGCUGAUGAUUCUGAUGUCUGGUGGGGUGGAGCAGAGACUGACUACUCUGACAACAGUAUGGUGCGGGAGCCGGAGCCAGUGGAGCAGCAAGAGGAAACCAGGCCAUCUGUGGUAGAGGAGGAAGAGGAAGAGGAAGAGGAGGAGGUGGCGCCCGAGGAAGAAGACGAGGAAGAAGAGGAGGAGGAUGACCUACUGGACAACGACCAGGACGGAGACGGAGAGGAGGACGAAGAGGUGGUGGAGGAAGAGGAGGAGGAGGAGGAGGGAGACGACGACAUUGUUGACACGCUCGACGACAACGAUGAUGCCGACGAGCCCACCACCAACGUUGCCAUGACGACCACCACCACCACCACCACUGAAUCUGUGGAAGAAGUUGUCAGGGAUGUGUGCUGGGCCAAUGCAGAGACAGGUCCAUGCCGGGCCAUGCUGCCCCGCUGGUACUUUGACCGACAGGAGGGCCGCUGUGCUCAGUUUAUCUACGGCGGCUGUGGAGGCAACAGGAAUAACUUUGAGUCAGAGGAGUACUGCCUGUCUGUCUGCAGCAGUGUCAUACCCACAGCCACACCCAGCUCCCCUGACGCCGUGGACCACUACCUGGAGACACCUACUGACGAAAACGAACACGCCCACUUCCAGAAGGCCAAAGAGAGCCUGGAGGCCAAGCACCGUGAGAGGAUGUCCCAGGUGAUGAGAGAGUGGGAGGAGGCUGAGAGGGAAGCCAAGAAUCUUCCACGUGCUGACAAGAAAGCCGUCAUCCAGCGUUUCCAGGAGAAGGUGGAGGCGCUGGAGCAGGAGGCGGCCAGCGAGCGCCAGCAGCUGGUGGAGACCCACAUGGCCCGGGUGGAGGCUCUGCUCAACGACCGCCGUCGCCUGGCUCUGGAGAGCUACCUGACCGCCCUGCAGCAGGACCCACCCCGGCCUCGCCACGUCUUUAGCCUGUUGAAGAAGUACGUGCGUGCCGAGCAGAAGGAUAGGCAGCACACUCUCAAACACUUUGAACACGUCCGCAUGGUGGAUCCCAAGAAGGCAGCCCAGAUUAGACCUCAGGUGCUGACCCAUCUGCGUGUCAUUGAGGAGCGUAUGAACCAGUCUCUGGGACUUCUCUACAAGGUGCCUGGCGUGGCCGACGACAUCCAGGACCAAGUUGAGCUCCUGCAGAGGGAGCAGGCGGAGAUGGCCCAGCAGCUGGCCAACCUGCAGACAGAUGUGAGGGUGAGCUACGGCAACGAUGCCCUGAUGCCCGACCAGGAGCUGGGAGAUGGCCAGACCGACCUCUUGCCCCAGGAAGACACUCUAGGCCUGGCAGGAGUUGGUUUCAUCCACCCUGAGAUCUUCAACCAGCCCAACACUGAGAACCAGGUUGAGCCAGUGGACUCUCGCCCUAAUCUUGACAGAGGCAUUCCCACACGACCAGUGACUGGAAUGAAGAUGGAAGCUAUUCCUGAGCUGCGGAUGGAGACAGAGGACAGACAAAGCACUGAAUAUGAAGUUCACCACCAGAAACUGGUCUUCUUUGCAGAGGAUGUCGGCUCCAACAAGGGCGCUAUCAUCGGCCUGAUGGUUGGAGGUGUCGUCAUAGCGACCGUGAUCGUCAUCACCUUGGUGAUGCUGAGGAAGAAGCAGUACACCUCCAUCCACCACGGAGUCAUCGAGGUGGACGCUGCCGUCACCCCCGAGGAGCGCCACCUGUCUAAGAUGCAGCAGAAUGGUUACGAGAACCCAACCUACAAGUUCUUUGAGCAGCUGCAGAACUGAGGAGAAUGUCACAUGUACAUACACACUCUCAUACACACAACACACACACACAGAC